AUCAUUUUUUCUCAUUCAAAAGCAAACCCAACAUCACAGCUUUACAAUCUCCACUUUAUAUACUCUCUUGAAACCAAAAGAGAAAACUCAUCGUGAACCCCACUGAGCUAGUGCUAGCUCAUUCAUUCUCACCCUCUUAUUUUCUUGAAUCUUUGAGUGACUAACACCAACACCAAUCACAUGCCAUCCAAUUUUCUAGACCUACAAAACACAAAAGGAAUAACGGUGAGAGGAAGGUUUGUGAGAAAACUAAAACUCGUCCCAACCAUAACCAACUUGAAGAAACAAGGCCUAGUUCUUCAAAAAAAGUUCCCAACCCCAUAUGAUGACUACAAAGGAAACAACCUGUCGGAGCUAGUAGUUGAGGAUGAUAAUCAUUUUGAGGAGGAAGAAACCACCGUAGGGUCCAAAAAGAUCACAGAAGUCGCAGAAGAAAAGUUAGUGGGAACUAAAAUGCCAUCAUGCAACAAUAAUAAUGAAUACCCAUCUCUCAGUGAUUUCAAAGAGUUAUGUCCACCAGGGGGGAGUAACCAUUCAAUCAUUCUCUACACAACAAGCUUGAGAGGGAUAAGGAAAACCUUUCAGGAAUGUAACACGAUCCGUUUCUUGUUGAGGAGCUUCAAGAUAAUGUAUCAUGAGAGGGAUGUGUCUCUUCACUUGGAGUUCAGAGAGGAGUUGUGGAAAAUCUUGGGAGGGAAAGUGAUUCCUCCAAAGCUUUUCAUCAAGGGAAGGUACAUUGGAGGAGCUGAUGAAGUGGUUGGGUUGCAUGAGAUGGGGUGGCUUGGGAAGUUUCUUGAAGGAACACCAACUCACUCAAGUGAUUCUCCAUGUUCUGGCUGCGCCAACAUGAGAUUCGCUAUUUGUUCCAACUGUUGUGGAAGUUGCAAAGUGUUCACUGACAACAACGAUGAUUGCUUCGUUAGAUGUUCUCAGUGCAACGAGAACGGCCUUGUCAAAUGCCCCGUUUGCUGCUAGAAAGAGAUAUUUAUCUCACCUUUGGUGAGCAAGACUCAAAAUUUUAUCUGCAAAUGAUGAUGAAGUAUAGUUUGAAGAUUCUAUGCUAGAUUUUAUCUGCAAAUGAUGAUGAAGUAUAGUUUGAAAAUUCUAUGCUAGAUGUUGGGGCUAUGCGGAGAGUAGAUGCAGGAAUUCUUAAAUUUUUGCGGCUAUUGAUAUCAUUGUUUGUCUUACUGGUUUCAGCCGUGAUUUGUUUGUACAUGAGGGAAAUGUUUGUCUAUGAAUGUUUGUGAUCAGGAAUUCAUUCCUCGUUUUUUCUUUAAAUACCACAAUGCUAGGUGAAUA